AUGGGUUCUGGCCGUUCUGUUCGUCUGCUCUGCAUUCAGUUUUGGAAUUUGGAUUCUGAGAUUUUCCUCCUGCACUCUGCAGCUCGACAACAUAUGGUUGACUGGUUUUAUAGCCUUACCAGAUUUUUGCCUAGUAAACAAAGAGGUGGCUCAACAUCGAAUGUUGAAGAAGAAACAAAUCCAUCAGUCCUGAGUGAUAAAGAAGAAGAACCAAUAGGUGAUAAAGAAGAAGAAAUUAGAGUAGGUGAUGAUGGUGAUCAAUAUGAGGAAAAAGAAAUUCUACCAAUAGAAAAAGGUCCAAUUAGAAUUCUUGAUAUUGAUUUUGGUGUUGAUGAUCUUGGUAGACAUUUUUCAUCUAAUCAUUAUGAACAUUUAUUCAAACAAGAUCAUAACACUUCCCGAAUGACAACGGAUGGAUUUAAUGAUUGGAAACAUCUUAGUGAAAGACUUAAAGCUCAUGAAACUAGUAGUGAACACCUAGUUUGCAUGACCAAAUGGAUAGAAUUGCAAGUGAGGUUGAGAAAACUUGAAACAAUUGAUAAGAGUGUACAAGAACAAAUAGAUAGGGAGAAAGAGCAUUGGAAACAAGUGUUAAAAAGAAUAAUAGCCCUUGUAAAAACUCUUGCAAGAAACAAUUUAGCAUUUCGUGGUCAUAGGGAGAAGCUUUAUGAAGGGAGAAAUGGAAACUUUUUAGGUUUUAUUGAGAUGAUUGCAGAGUUUGAUCCAAUCAUGCAAGAACAUAUUUAA